GGGAUUGCAGUUCUAUAGAAAUGUAGAGAGCAGUCAGUAGAUGAAGAGGAGGACUCCAGCCUCCACAAAGCAAAGCGCGCGGAGGGCUUUUGUUGUAGCCUCUCGUGAUGUUCGCGAGCGUUCACUGACGUUUUUUCAAAACCGCUAAUCUGACAACCACAUGGACACAGCAUCCCAUGAACUGCAUGAGUCUAUAGAUUGGUGCUUUUUAUCCAGGUCAUCCUCGCUGCACAGCGCUGACACUCGCUAACGGGCAUUGCUCCCAAUGUUUACUUCUCCGGCAUGUCUUCUCCAGGCAGGGAAAGUAAUGCCUCGGUUUAUUGAAGAUAUUUUUUAUAAGGAACAGAUUGGAAAGCCACGAUGUUUGUACGACAUAUAUUCAAAUUGCUGUCCGGCUAAUGCACUAGCUACCAGCAGUUAGGGCAGCUUCCUCCGUGUGGCGGCGAGCUGUUGUCGACAGAUCCUCUCCGGCUCCAUGAUGGCGAUGUUUCGGAGCUUUGUCUCGGCGAGCACCCAGCUCCGCCAGCAGCAGCAGCCCAACAGCGGCUCGGGCUCCUUGGCAGCCCCGGCUGAGGGCAUCGAGAGCCAGUUCUCCUGUCCCAUCUGCCUGGAGGUCUACCAUAAACCCGUCAGCAUCGCCAGCUGUGCUCACACGUUCUGUGGGGAGUGUCUGCAGCCAUGUCUUCAGGUGACCUCGCCCCUCUGCCCUCUCUGUCGGGUGCCCUUUGACCCCAAGAAAGUGGAGCGCUCGUCCAGUGUGGAGAAGCAGCUGGCCUCAUUCAAAGCACCUUGCAGGGGCUGUAACAAGAAGGUGGCUCUGGUAAAGAUGAGGUCCCACAUUGCUUCCUGUUCUAAAGUACAAGAGCAGAUAGCCAACUGUCCUAAGUUUGUACCUGUGGUGCCCACCUCUCAACCCAUACCAAGCAAUAUUCCAAACCGGUCAACGUUUGUGUGUCCAUUCUGUGGGGCCAGAAACCUGGACCAGCAGGAGCUGGUAAAGCACUGUAUGGACAACCAUCGUAAUGACCCUAAUAAAGUGGUGUGUCCGGUGUGUUCAGCCAUGCCGUGGGGAGACCCUAGCUAUAAGAGCUCCAACUUCCUCCAGCACCUCCUCCACAGACACAAGUUCUCUUAUGACACCUUUGUUGACUACAGCAUUGAUGAAGAAGCAGCACUGCAGGCAGCUCUGGCACUGUCACUGGCUGAAAACUGACACUAAUCACACCACACCAUCCCUCUCAUUCCUCUGACUGCUGUUACCCUCUUCCCUCUGCACUAUUGCGGUUCCUCCACGGCUCAGAAGGCCAACAUCAUCCAGCCAACAGACACACCUGACCCAGCCAGGGUCACAGUCUCUACAGAGAUCCACAUCAUAGAGAUGUCCAGCUGGCUUCACUUCCCUCUCACGUUGAGGACUUUCUUCCUGGUGUGCAGUACAGCCUGUUUGCCUCGCUGCAGCACGGAAGUAGGAUAUGUCUUCACUUUGAUUUGAUGACUUGAAGACAAAACAUCCUGUGGGCUUGGAAUAGACCCAGUGACUGUAUCAACGUUUAAAAUACCAACCUACAGUUUGCAAACAGUCCAUCCACUCACUGCUUUAGUUCAUCUGACAGCUGCCAUCUGGACCACCACAGCAUGAAGGGCUACCUCCAUGGAAAAAUGUGAAACAUCCUGAAGCCUGCCACCUCUAAAACCCUCAUCACAGACCACUAGUCACUUGAUAUUAAGUCCUGAUUGCUGGUGCUCACUGUGAGUAACUUAUUCUACAGAUUCUUCUGCAGUGAUGUAGUUGGUUUGAUAAGUUAACAUACAGUAACUGGCACGCAAGAGCUAAUUAGGAAAUAUUUUGCAAAUGAAAUGUAAGUGAAUCAAAUCAAAAGCUCCUCUAUUCAUCUCCACAAUUGGAUGCAACAGCUGUAGAGUUGGUGUGUCAUAUUUUGCACUUACCAGACAAAACAAAAGUCACAUGAGUUAGAAAGGCAGGAUCGCUGACUGUAUACACCACAGGAGGGUUUGUUAUGUUGCUUAGCGGUUUAAGAACAACUGAGCUGCUUGUGGUGUGGCUGCAUGGUAACACACGGCAUGGGUAUAUCCAAGACAUCUUCUUAUGGUCAUGGUCAAUAGGUUCAAGGUGAGGAUCCCCCUUUAGAUGGCACCACACCAUCAUGCAUGGAGAGGUGAAAAUUGCAUUGAUUACCAUGUAACAUUAUCUGGCCUUCUAGUUUCACUGUGGUGACCUGGUUGAGUGUGGUAUGAAUAUUCUGCCUGCACUGUGCAAGCUUGACAUUGCACUUGCUACACAUUCUACAUUGUUUAGAGUCACUGUGGACAGCACACACAGACCAUAGACUGUAUAUAUAGAUGGACAAAGCCAAAAUAUCCUGGUUAUGGCCGAUGCCAUCUUGCGCUGGUGACGUCAUUUGGAGGCAGAGUCUGCACAGUAGCAAUCUCAGCGGUGUAUAAUUUACACCCUAACUCCUGUUUGACCAAUCAUGAGCAUCGCCAUUGAUCGUGAGCGCACUGAUCGGCACACAUAGCUGUCAGUCACAAUGUCAAACCCCCUUUUCAUAGCAUCAAAUAAAUAAUUAAAGCCAAACUUUAUCAGAAAAACAAACACUUGACCAUCAGCAUGAUAAGAAGUGCUUAAAAUGACAGAAAUCAUCUUUUGUAAGAAUAUAUUUUACAUGUUCUUUAAUGUUUUUGUUUGGCCCAUGUCCCAUCCUCUGACAUGGAGGGGGCGGGGUUUAUGACCUAUACUGCAGCCAGCCACCGGUAUAUUUUCAUACAUACCGUCUUCAUCUUUUUCAUACAGUCUGUGGCACAGACUGACAGUUGUCCUUGUUAUAUAUUAUAUAAAUAGUGUUGGGUAGCUAAAGUAAAAUGUAUGUUACUGUAUGAUACAUUUGAGGAUACCUGGAUAAAGCCAUUAUGUAUAAAUAUGAUACUGGCAGAGAGAUCAUAACAGUUAUGAUAAAAAGUAUCAUAGUAAAAAUAGCUAUGUUUAUCUAAAACAAGCUACCUGUUAAAGAGUAACUUCUGCAUUUUUCAACCUGGAUCCUUUUUUCUCAUGUUUUUGUGUCUUAGUGACUGCUGUCAUCAACAAUUUUUGAAAUUGGUCCAGUAUUGAGAGAGAGGGGUGCAGCCGGCAGCUGCGCAACAGCUGUUAUGUAAACAGAUGGGGCAACCAGCACUGUAUGUCCAUUAUAACUUGUUUUUUGUUUUUUUUCCACAUCAGGCACUUUGACUCAAAACACGGGAACAUAGUGGCCAGGCUGGAAAAUGCCAAAGUUGCCCCUCAAGUUACUGAACAGGAUGCUCAUGAUAUGAAUAGAAAUCCAUUAUACAGACUGAAUAUUUUAUAUUUAAAUUUUGUAUGCACACAAUGGAAUUUUUUUUCCAAUAAACCACUAAAGAAACAAAAUACACAUAUCUUAAAUGAUGGACUGAAAUGACUCCUCAGACUUCUGUCAGCAGGUGGAGGUAAAGAUGAGUUAGUCUGGAGGCUGAUGGAUCUCAGUGGUGAGGACACCCCACCUAGCUCACUAUUCUCACUGAGCUUCACCUUUUCUGAUCCACUACUGCCACAGUACACCACUGUGAAACUAAAGGCCUCUGUCUCUCUCAGCCACUGGUCUCACUUUCACAUUAUGUUUGCCACUGCAUGGAAAAUAACCAUCUGAAGGCCAAGUCAAUUACAAAAUGCAUCAGCACAAUAUUUCCAUAAACAUUUAGUAUGCAGACACCCAGUGUGGUAUGGACAUAAUGGUACCCACAUCUGUUUUCUGGCCUUUUAGCUUGCCUCUCAGUAGUACUGUCUAUAACCCAAACACCCACACUGUUUUAGAAGCUUCAUCUUGGUCAGGGGUCAGCAACCUUUACUAUCAAAAGAGCCAUUUCUGUCACCCCUGGUAACUAAAUUAGCCUAAAGUGUGCUAUUUUUUCAUUUGGUACUUGAACCUGCCAGUGUUGACGGUGAAAGCAAGCAAAUCUGUCCACACACUAUUAAGUUCUCCAAUGCCUCUUUUUUUUGGAUUUGGAAUCCAUAGCUAGCCUAGCUAGGGAGAAUCAAGACUAGCCACUGCUAAUGAGGUUUAGCAAAUUGAAGUUGACAAAAUGUUUUUUAGGGAUGCACCGAUUUAGUGGCUGCACACCAGUAUUGGCCUAUAUUCCCCUUGUUAACCUCCAUCGGUCUAUUGGCAAAUAAGAUGGGAUUCACUGAUAGCAGUGGCUGAUGUUUUCCUGUAAUUUUACAUAAAUUUUGCACAGGCUAAAAAGUAGGGCCCCAGACUAAUGGCGUCCCCUCAUCCUGGGGACAAAAGAAAACGUGUUUUGGACUAACAUAGAUCUUCCCCAGGAUGCUGUCGGGACAAAAGUACGCAGCAGACUCACUAUAGUUACAUCAGGGGAAACAUCCUAUUGUUUCCGUGAUAAUGUUGUGAAUAACAAGUCUGUGCUAGAAUCAGCAGGCGGAGAGCUAGUUAACGUUAGCUGUUAGCAGCUGGUGGCCUCAACUAACAGCUCACAGAGGUUGCACUGAGUUACAUCAUAAUGCGUUUAAGCUCUAUUCACUAAAAAUUAGUAUUUGGUGAAGGGAAAUCAUAACAUUCUUAUGAUGUGUUAAAUGUAAUCAUGUAAAAUGUAGUUUUUGUUGAGAAACUUGGAUAAAUACAGCUGUUUAAAGGAGAAAUGUGUUAAUAUUUUCACAGUGAUAUAAAAUAAAUAUGAGAGGGAAUUAUGAUAUAUUAUAGUAGUAUAUUAUAAUAGUAAAAAUGCUUUUGAAGAAGUUUUUAAAAAAAUGUUUUUCAUGUCAAAGGUUAUUUAAUAUGUUGUUUCAUAAAACAACACCAGCAGCAACAACAACAUUGGUAUUGGUAAUCACCCAAAUUGUCAUUUUAAACAUCGGUGCAUCCCUAAGUUUUUUAUUCUGUGUAUAGGCUACACACUUUUACAGUUGGACAAUGUAAGAAUCACUUGAGGCCUGCAACAACAAUAAAUGAAGAUUAAAAAAUAACUGCUAUUCAUUUCCAUAAACCAGUAAUUUCUUGUCAAAGCCACUGGAGAGGCUAAAGGAGGUGUGUGGCUCCAGAGCUGCAGAUUGCCUUCCUCUGAUCUUGAAGAAUCUAGUUUUUUAUACUAAUCUAUAACUGUUGUGAAAGAUUGAAUUCAACAUUUAGGGCACUUCAGCCUCAGUGUCAGUGGACUGCAAUAGUUGGCGUCAGGAGCUGCAAAUACGUUGGGGCCUCAUUGACAGAGAGAGCCCAAAUAUGGACAUGAUGAAGUUAACAGAGCUGUCAGAGACAGACGGCCAGCUGACAUCCAGACCUGUGGGUGGUCUGUCCUGUUUACAGUGAUGUUGAACUAGUUCCAGAUGUUUAGAUAAUUAAUUGGUAUUUGAAUUCUGACAUGGCAACACCAAAAGAAAACCUCACAGGCAGACAUCUGAUACAAAUCAGCUGUAACUUCUUCAUUACUGUCCAUCCCAGCUGCUCUGAAGACAACAGGAGUGACAUAAAGAGGAUGCUUCACACACUGCUUCAUGUGCUAUUGCAUCAAAGUGCACCAUGAAUUAAUCAUGUCCGUAACAGCUUAGAAUGCCAACAGUCCCAAGGUUACGAUAAGAGCACCCACUUCACUACCACCUUUAACAGCAAAGUCAGAAAGUUCCUAUUUUUUAUUUAUGUUAAUAUUUAUGUUAAUAUGCACUUAUCGACAUUAUUUUCUACCAGAAUGAUCUAGAUAUAGAUAUUAGUUGUAAAAAAAAUAAAUAAAAAAAAUUAAAGGAUGGAAGUGCUGGAUGGAGGUCAGACAUCCAUCUCACUGCAAUCUGCUUCUUCAGCCCUCAUUCCAAGUAAUAUUUUUAUGAUCCAUCGGCCAAGAUAGAAGAGUAUAAAAAGAUAUAUUUUUGGAAAAUGUUUCAAACCAUCGGACUAUUAUCAGACAUGAUCAUCAGAUGUGUGUCUGCAACCUUAGGGGACAAUGAUGUUGAUCUUCAAACUUGAAUUGCUGUUAACACACAUUCACACAGAGGAGACCUGCACAGGACCUGAGAGGAUGGGACUGGUCUAACACAGAUGGUAAUGUGACCAAUAGAUGGCAGUCCCUCUCCAGACAUGCAGAGCAUAGAGAGCCAUACUAAAACCAAGACUGGCUGUGGAGAAAAUUAAAGGCAGAACUUUGGUAGUGUUCCCACAGAAGAAGGCAUUCAUCAUUUGCACUUUAAUUCAUUCAGUUUUACAAUAAUCGUCUGAAUUUUAUUUGUAUAACCUAACUCUUGUUUAUGAUUUUGCAGUUAAAUUUGAUCGCAGAAUGAGUGUUUUGUUAUAAAAAAGUUGACAGAGAUCUUGCAAAUUGUAAAAGGUGCCUGGGGUUCCAAGUUAUUUGAUAAAAAAUAGUUUUGUUUGUGUGGCAAAACAUUCAAAUAUUUGUUGACUGAAUACUUAAUUUCAAUGGGUAGCAUGUGCCAUUUCUUUCCUCCAACAAUCUUUUUAUGGGCAAAAUCAUAUGAAUUAACUGGGAAUGCUCUUUAUACAACACCAGAGCCAACAUGCACCCACCAUAAAAACAGGUCCAGUAUAAAGGAGCAGUUCUACAGAGGAGUAAGGCCAUGUGAAGAAAAAUAAAUCAUGUAGUGAAUGUUAAAGGUUUAUUUACAUAAGCUGAUGAGUUGGUUGUGUUAGGGUUAAAAAUGCUUUGAAUUGUGUAGAUUUAAAUUAUUUAAAACUGGGUUUAAUUACCUUCAGAGUCCAUUUUUGUUUGGUUUUCUGGCAUUUGCAUAUUUUAAGUGCCAUGCCAGAUAUAUCAGAACAUAAAGAAUAAGAGUUUCCAAGUUGUAAUUACAACUUUGAUGUUAAUGUCAUUACUUCAUCUGAAACUCAACAUUAUCUCAAAAUUCUGUCUGCACCAAAGUAGAGUCAGAGUAGAAUUAAAGGUGUGUUUGGACUGAAUGUGAAGCCGAUUUUUCUUUGCAUUAAUGGGUUAUUAGAGUGUAUUUGUAAUCCUGUAUUUUGUUGAUAUUAGCUGUACUUAUGCAAAUUAUGCAUGGCAGCAUGCCCGUGCUUGUGUGUAGUCAGACUCACUGUAUGUAGACUGUGGCUAUGAGCCUGCCACUGGCCAGUUAUUUAGGCCGGCAUUCUCCCUCCUUUCUGCUUUCUGCUUUCUGCGUGUUCCAAAUCCCCUUACCUACAGAAAACAAUAACACCCUCCGAGCUAACAACCUACACGAUGAAAAUGGCAAGUUAAGAUGAAGACUUGGAUAAUAAGGCAUGCCUGCUUUGCCUGAAUUGUUAAAAAAUAACUACAACAAAUAAAACAGCCUGUGAACGUACCUCAGAAAAGCCCAGACUGUUUCUCGCUGGACUAUCAUGCCCAAUGUUGAUCUUUUUACUGACACGACCAGUUGAAGUUGAUUUGCUCCAUCUUUCAAAACGUCUCCAGUCAAACUGAUACCUGAAUAUAAUCCUUUUUUGUACCAGGAGUCUGAUCUUGGACCGUCCCAACUCCCCACUGGACCAGCAAACUUUCUGUUGCCACUGUCAGCGGAGCAACUCUGCCAUUACAUAGUCUGCCCGAUUAGCAUGAUCGCUAAAACUCAACACUGAGCUGAUAAACGGUGCCAACAAACUCAUACCUAUACCAAACGCAGCCGCCCAGGAUGAUUGUGAUUGGUUUAGAGAAACAAAAACAAACCAGGUCGGUAAUGCUCCAGAUCAGAAUGGUAAUAUGGUGAUUCCAGACCUUUCUCAAGCACUAUGGAGAAAGUUCUGGCUACGUGACACUAGCUUCUGUCUGAUGUCAGAAUUCAUCAGGAUUCAAUUCUGUCUGUAAUUUUCCACCAGACUCCUCCCUAUGUGUCUUGUCUCUGUACAUCCACGAAUUCUAGUUAAAAAAAACCCCAGAUCUUUCUGUGUGAUCUCACAUUUUUGCACUGACUUCAAAAGCAGAUGUGCCACCUCUAAAAUCAGCCUCAGGUUCAGCCUGAACACACCUUUACAUAUUGAUGAAUUCUUAUGGAACAGUUACAAUGACUGUGUGUCUUAAACAAUCCAACCCUUCCUCUUCGAAAUUCAAAGUCAUCAGAAAGUUCCAAAAACAGAUAGCUUGUACUUUUAGCAUGUGAACAUUGAAAAGAUUGUUCUCUAAACUCAUGUUUCCUGUGUCAGUAUUCCUCUCAUAUAAUUGCAUAUCUUGCUCAAAAUAUAAAAAUGGAAAUCUUUCACAUAAAUGAAAGCUAUUUUUAUAUUUCAGCCCUCAACAAACACAGCUAUUUCUUCUGUUUAUGUUUUUUUUAUAUUCAUGUUAUAAUAGCAGUCUUUUAUAAAUGUUUGUUACCUUCGUACCUCUGUAGCAGGAUUCUUAGAUUCUACUUUUGUUAAGAUUUGUGUACUCCAUGUUUAUCUGCUUCUUUCUGAGCCUCAGUUUCCCCAGCAAUUGUAAAUAAUCUCCUUUUAAUCCCUGUUUUUGUGUUGUUGCUUCUUAUAUUUUGUGAAACUGUUACUGCUCAUUUCUGAUGAUGUCUUAAGGCAGCCAUACAGAUUACAGUAGCUCAACACAGAGAUUACAGUAGCUCAACACAGAGAUAACAGCAGUCUGUUGGAUGAAAGAACACUGUGGAGGCUUUGUACACGGGUCACAAAGACUUUUUUAACCACAUUUGAUGCAAACAUGGAGGUGCAUGAAAACUGUCUGGUUCACAAGAGUUACAGGAUUGGUUCAGAUUUUGUCAGGAUUAUCUCAAGACAAUAUUCACAAGCCAAAUGUACAAUGAAAGAGUUAGCAGAGAGAAGAGAGCCUUGGUGAGUGUUAUGGACAUGGAAAAAGAAGGGAAGAGAAGUUACAAUAAUGCAAGUACCUCCCAUGUUUUUUUCUCAUGGGAGCCUGUAAGAUAUCCUUUAACUUUGCUAAAAUCACAAAUAUCUCAAUAGAGUAGUGCAGGAAUGAGUCCCAGAAAUUGGUUUGCAUUUUGGCAUUUUUCCCUCUUCUCAAAGGGUGUGUUGGAGAUGCUGUUCACUCUGGCACAAACUGGACCUUGUAAAUUCAGAGCUCUGUUGGAAUGCAUCACUCGGUUAUCAACGCUCUCAUUUUAGCAUAGAGCGUGUUGGGAACAUAAAUUAGGGCGUCACAUGGAGGCACCAAUUAUGUUGGGAAUGACAGUAAUGGCAAAGGGGACACCAUUAAUGUUGUAAAUUGGCUAUCAGAAAUAAUUAUUAAUAAUAAUUGGUAAUUAUGUUAAAUAAUGUGACUUAAUUAACAUUAAAUCACCUCAUGGGGCACCAUUCCUGGAAAGGGAAAAUGAUAGCCAGUUAAAGAUAUCAGUCUCAUAAAAUACGCAAAACUAUUAUUAAUUUUGAUAUUAAAUAAUAACCAUAACCAAAAUUAACAGUAAAGCAUGACGGAUUUCAGAGUUCUUGACGCAGCAGAUGUUGACUAUUCAUUCACUCUUGUGCAACAUUAAACAGACAGCAGGCAUGAUUCCAGAGAAUUGUAUUUAUUCAUAAAGUGAGUAAAGCAAAACCAAAACACACAAAGCCUAACUAACAACUAUAUACAAGCUUGGUGAGUAUAUGUGCGUGGGUGUGUGAGCGAGAGAGAGUGAUCAAAGUGCUGUUUGGCCUACAAAAAAAAUGACUGAUAACAGAGAACUACAAGAUGGCCGAAUCAAAGCUGGCUUCAGACCAGCGGAGGUCUUGUCUGACCGUGUGGUCAGGACAAAGACAAAGGAAAAGAAGCAGGAACUGUUCUGUUGAAAGCCUAUUUGUUAGUGAGUCUAUGUGAAUGUGAUUUGUGUUGCAAACGGCCUGGAUUAGUGCAGAGAUUGCUUAGUUGUGUGCAAGAAUCUGUUUAUGAACAGCAUUAGCAAACUAAACACUUAGCUUUGGCGAAGCCAACUAACCAAUGACCUAACUGCAAACAAUCACAGCAAUAACUCAAUGACAGCAUUAAAUCACAUACAACAAGUUAAACAGUCUUGCUUAGCCUGUAAAGCUGUGACAAAGCUAUGCCCAGUUGUUACGUUACCGAUCCUUGAAUGGAUGGAAGAAAGAGUCGCUUUAUGGUGUGCUGCUUUGUUAGCUGGCAGAGGAAGGCGGGAAAGAGCUGCGGUUCCAGAUGCAAUCUUUGUUGUGUCCUUUGUUCCAAAGGUGAAACUCCGAGGAAGCUGGUCGCUCAGGGUCCUUGCAGAGUUAGAUGCUGUGUGCUAACUCAAGUUGGUUCUCCUUGUUGCUAUAAAGUUAGUUGCAAACCUUGUGCUUGCAAAUCUAACUUCUGUGGUUCAGGUUUGCCUCUGUCUUGAGCAUGGGCAAGUCGUGGUCCAGGAAAAAGAGAGUCUGUGAGCAAUUGCCCUCCCUUUAGUGGUUUGGGGCAAUGGCCUCUGGGUUGGUCAGAGGUGGUGUGAGCUGCUCGGCAUCUCACAAGCAAGAGAGCAUCUGGGCUGGUCCAGGCCCAGCCGAAAAGAGGUGUGGGCGGCUCGGUAGCUCUAGAGCAAAAUAAAGAGUCUGAGGGAGCAGACCUUCUACAGAUGCCUGUGACAUCACAGAGUCACAUGUAAAAGUCCUGUCCAAUCAAGUUUUGAGACUUGUGUCUCACUGAGGUGUGAGAUGGGACAUCCUGGAGAUGGGUGUCAAAUAGCUGUUUUUGUUUGAAGAACAAAUGACAAAUCAUCUGUGGUCAUGUGAAUCCCAACAAGCGUCAGAUUGGAUUUACAAGUGCACCCAAAGUCAAUGAGGUUUUUGGAUGUGUUUUUGUUAAGAUGCCUGAAAUAAGGUCUUUGGUUAACACAUGCUUAAAAGACUUCCAUGUUUUGUUCUACGACAUAAAAUACGUCAGUAAAUACCCCACUCGUAAAUUGUGAAGCCUUCAUGUGUCUUACAGUAAAACAGUUUCUAACAAGUGGCUAAGCUUUACAGCCUUGUUGCAGAGUCAUGUGACCAUGGUGUAGUUUGUUUGUGGCCUAACGUUAGCUUUUUAUCACUGGAAAUUGCAUUUAGGCUUCAAAAACCAUAAAGUGGGGGCGUCGGUGGCUUAGUAGUAGAGCAGGCGCCCCAUGUACAAGGCUGUUGCCGCAGCGGCCCGGGGUUCGAGUCCAGCCUGUGGCCCUUUGCUGCAUGUCAUCCCCUCUCUCUCUCCCCUUUCACACUUAACUGUCCUAUCCAUUAAAGGCAAAAAAUUAAAAAAAAAAAAAAAAAAAACAUGCAAGGAUUAUCUUGCUGAACACAACGUGUAAGUAUCAUAAACGUUUGUAUGCCACAGAGUUUAUUUUCUGCAAUGAUCCAAAAUCCAAUGGAAAAAUGUUGAUUUUUUAUCGAGGGAACCAGAGCAAUGCUAAUUUCCGCAUCCGCUUACAUAAAAACAUCAUCCCUGCAGCACUCUAUUUCUAAUAUGACCCACUGUAGUGGAGCUGAUUUGUUGUAGAAUGUGUAGUAUGGAAAGGAGAAACAAUUACACAGACCAUGGACUCUUUCAGUAUAUAUUUAACAUGUGAGUAUUGUACUAUUAUAGUCAGGAAAAAUCCAGACUCAUUCAAAAACCUCCAAUUUCACUGGAACAACUGUAGUCUGCUUGUACCAAGACGUCAGCUAGCUAACAAGGUGUCAGGGAUGGAUUGGACCCACUUGAAGACAUUUUAUUGUCAGAUGGUGUAACACCAUGACAUCAAGUGAUUUUCUGAUAGGUAGUUUGACCUCAGCAAUCUACAUCCCGGAUGAAACCUGAACAGUGUAAGCAGCCCAACCUCACCCCAGCAGCUGCUUUUAAAGGGGCACUCCACAGAUUUUACACGAAGUUCAGUUUACUUCUUGUGGUGAAGGAGCCAACAUAACCCUGAUGACAUCAUAGUGAUGUCACCAGGGUUCUGCUUGGACUCAGAGACUAAGGGCAGAAACAUUGAGUGUGUUUACAUGGACAUGAAUAACCUGUGUAGAUGGCUUAUCGAGGUUAUCAUUAGACAGUAUUUAGGUAUGAUGUUUACAUGAGCACAGAAAAAUGCUGUUAUUUAUAUUCCCUACAUAUGUGUGUAAAUAAUGAUUGUUACCCGGUCACUGAUCUCUGCAGUCUAUUUGCACAGCACUUGGAUGUUAACAAAAAGAAACCGACAAUAGGAGAUGAGAGCGACAGGAAGUAUAAAACACUACACUGUAAAUUUACUACCACUAGGCAACUUAAUUGCUAAUAUUUUCUCUACUCCGAUUGCUAACAGCUAUCUGCUGUCUCUCUCACCACCACACUCAACAGCUCCGCUACUUUCACAACAGUCACUACCGCGAUGUAGGACAGGGGAGCAGUUGAUACACAUACGUAGCCUCUUUUAUUACUGAGAGACAAAAGUCUGUUUCUUCAUCACUCCAGAAGUGAGAUGCUCCCGCCAUUAUUUUUUUUAGAUUUCUGUGACGUCACUUGGUUGAAGCCACACCUUGGCAGGUAAUUGGUGGCCCCUAAUAACCAGGAUAAGGUGCAAACAUGCAGCAGUAUCUUGGUUUCUUUUGGAGUACCAUAAACAGGAUAAUGUCUUCUAUUCUGUCUGUCUUCUGAUAAUAGCUUCUAUUUGAUAACAGUAUCGGUACGUAGUGCAUAAAACAUGUAUAACAAACAGCUUCCGCUACGUCUCAAAGAUGGCGACCAUUGAGGGUGAGAAGUGUCCAUUAUUCCACACUCAACAUUUGGACUGUUUUGAGUGAGCCAGUAGUACACUGUAUUUUCCUAUACUAUGCAGUGUGAAAAUAUCAAGUGUUAAGUAUGAAAGAAUGCAAUUUGAGACACACUUUCUGAUUCAAGCACACGUCCCCACCUUUAUUUUUCCAGACAUUGUCAUUUGUGUACUAGCAUGGACCAUGUUUCUCCCCUAAGGGGAAAUGUAGGAACCAAUGUAUUUAGAGCUUGACUCAUACAAAAGACUAAAGAUUAAACCAUCUCACCUGUGGUUGUUCAUAUCAUUUUUUAAUGCUGUUCCUCAUGAGUCCCCCAACUUUAUAGAAGUUCUCUACUAAGUCACUGGAGUGAUUUUGUAAACAUGACUUCAAAUUGGCCAACCAGCAAAACUCACCAUUACAUUACUAAAACCAGUCAGAAAUAACUGAAGGUUGAUACUUUUUACUUAUGAAAAGAAGCCAAACCCACAAACACUGGAGUGACUAAAAACUGAAGAAAACAGAUGGCUAACAUUUUCUUACUAAUUUUACAAAAAUAAAGAUUUAUAUAUAUGUCACAGGAAAAAUAGGUAUCACCUUUUCAAAAAUAUCCACAAACACAGGCAAUUUAAAGUCCAGCACUCAUGACUUGUCAGUCUAAUGUGAGUUUCACUGAGGUAGUGUUUUUGUGGGAAGGGACAGAAUGUUUGAUAUGUGCAAAUCCAAAGUCUGCCUUCAGUCUGAUUUGAUAUGCAUUCUUUCUAAACACAGUAAUAAUACCAAUGAGAAGUGCUUGCAGUGACACAGUUGCUGGAAAUGAUGAUGAUGAUGAGGACGAUGAUGUCUUGGUUUUAGAACUGUUGCACUGCUUGGAAUUUUGUCAAAACACUAUUAGGAUGUUUUGUAGCAUUUUUCUUCUUUU